AUGUGCAAUGGCGAUCCGUCACGCUCUCAGUUUUCUGAAGCAAAAUUUCAAUCGAAAGAAUUUUCAAAGAUCGUAAGUAAAAAAGAAUUCUUGGCUGUGCAAUUGGAAUGGCCGAUUUUAAUAAUUAAUUCCCAUGUGAAUCGAUGCCGUUCAUUCAAAGAAGGAUUUAAAACUUGCCAAUAUCCAUACCAAGGAAUGGCUCCGCCACUCCCGCCAGAAACCUUAAAGGAAAUAUUCGAGUAUCUACAAGAUGAUCUAGGUUCAUUACAUUCAUGUGUACUGGUUAACAGGCAAUGGGCUCAAGUUUCAGUGGAAAUUUUAUGGAGGGACACCGCAAAAUUUCGAAAUCAACAUUUCUAUUAUCGAAAAGGACGAAAGAUCCUAUCCACCUUGCUCUCAUGUCUUCCGGGUGAUUCAAAGGAAAUGCUAAAGAAACGCGGGAUAACCAUCGCUUCGUCAAAAUCUCGACCACCAUUAUUUGAUUACGUGGGAAUGUGUAGGUUUCUGGCGAUUACGAGUUUUCACAAGAUGGUAGACAUAGUCACGACAUAUUACAAUCGAGUAAAUAAUUCCACGGCUAAUAGGAGAAUGAGUAAUAGGGAUUAUGGUCAUUUCAUUGGGCGCACCGACGAAUACUCCAAGUAUCUGAUCAAACAGGAGCUUUUCAAGAUGUUUGUCAGCAGAUGUCGAUCUUUGAAACGACUUGAGUAUCGAGACGAGAUU